UUUGACAUGCGUUGUUCACGAUUAAAGACACACGUAUUUAUAUACAUAUAUAUUUUCAACUUUGUAAAUUUGAUAUGGAAGUUUGAAGUUCGAACUGUGACACGCGUGUCACAACAAGUCUCACAUAACUUAGUCUCUCUCUCUCUCUAUAUAUAUAUAUACAUAUAUGUAUGAAUAGAUUAAUAUAACCGAUAAGCGGAAUGUAUAUAUUCGCAGAGAUACGUGUCAAUUGGAUAGAUUUUUGCCGCGGCCGUUUACAACGCUGUGCGUUUACAGAGAGUUUGCUCUUACAUCUGAGAUGUGAUGGACGACUCGAGUGCGGUCCGACAGGAGAAUAUUAUAGAUUAUCUUCUGGAGCGUUUCGAACGAGGUCAGAUUUACACAUGGAUCGAUACUCUCCUCUUGGCGAUUAAUCCCAACGGCGAGAUCUCCAUCGACGAUAUUUAUGAUUUGUCGCGUGUCAACGAUCUGUACGAUGUAAGUCGUAAAGAAUUAACACCUCAUAUAUUCACCAUGGCGGCCAGAGCGCACUUUAGAAUAGUUCAAGGUUUUGGAAAGCCUAGCCAGGUAAUUGUCCUGAACGGUGAAACUGGAACAGGAAAGACCUUCAACGCGUGGAGGGCGCUGGAAUUUUUGACCGCCAGAAAUGCAUUCGUCGACAAGCAUCGGGAUCAAGAUGCAGCUUGCUGCGACUUCGUGCAAAAAAUCACAGACGCCUGCCGUUUGAUAUCGGCUUUCACGGUAGCGUCCACCGAGAAAAAUGAGAUCAGCUCGAGACACGUGGAGCUCGUGUGGCUCGAGUAUAAGAUGGGCAGAAUUUGCGGUGCGAUGGUAUCCUCAUACCUUCUGGAGAGGAAUAGAGUUACGAUGGGUCACUGCAAUUUUCAGAUUUUUUAUCAGAUGAUGACUGCGUUGACGGAUAUAGAGUUUGCCGAUACUGGAUUAUCGAAGGACGCGCGAUAUUUUAUGUCGAGCGACCUGGAUUCUGCAAAAGGACAACAGCUUCGCGACGGAUUUCGAGAUACUUUGAGAGCAAUGGAUAUGUUAGGUUUUACGAAGGAUCAGAAGAAAGAUAUCUUCCAAGUUCUUUUUUUGCUCAUCCAAAUGAGUAACAUACGGUUUACGCAAGAGGACGAUCAUUGCAAGAUUGAUAUCGAUGACGAACAAUCCAAGGAAGCCUUGGAGAACACAUGCAAGCUGGCUGGUCUCCAGAAGGAGGAUAUUGCCGAAUUGUUUACGUCCACCCUAAUAAAUCCGCGAAGUUCUUGGCAACGUCACACCGCUUGCCGACGUAAUCUCAACACUGAAGACGCCUGCCGCUAUAGGCUUCACAGUAUCAUCCGCUACUUGUACGAUCUUCUUUUUCACUGGCUGAUCGACUCCGUAAACGGGAUCCUAUCUACCCGUUUAUUCAGCGAACGAUUGGGGAUAUUGGACGUCUUCGGAUUCGAGUGCUUCGAUGCGAACGGCAUCGAGCAACUCUGCGUUAAUUACGUCAACGAGAGAUUGCAGUGUUAUUUCAUGGAAAAGUAUCUGGAAUUUCGUCAAAAAAUUUUGCAAGAGGAGGAUCUCAUUGACGUGGAACCACCAGAAAUUGUGCGAUUAUACGAGGAUCGCUUGAACACGAUUGAGAAACGCUUGUUCACUACUCUCAACGACAUAUGUUUGUCGACAGUUCAAAGCGAUUUGUCCACAUUAAUACAGCAAAUAUAUGCCAACGGUUGUCCCGAGACGAAACGAUUCUUGAAAGUGAGGAAUGAAAAUUUUGUUAUACAACAUUACUCCGGUGCCGUGGAAUAUUCCGUUAACGAUCUGCUUUCCAAGAAUAUUGAUAAGAUCCCGGACGAGAUAACUGUAACAUUUGGCGUGAGUAAGAAUACGUUUCUGUAUUGCUUAAUUAACAAAAAUAAGCUACAUCACGAAAAUGGAAAAACCAAGAAACCCACAAUGCUCUCCAAGCUACGACAUAACGUGGACUCACUAAUACAAGAAUUAAACAGAUGCGACGCGCAUUAUGUUCGCUGUAUUAAACCGCGGCGGCUUGAUAAUCGCGAAUGGGACCGAAACGAAUUUCGCAGGCAACUGGCUAAUAUAGGUAUUCUCGACGCUUUGCCUCUGGCUAGAUGUAAAUAUUCGAUUCACUUCACCUACAAAGAGUUUUCCAAACGAUAUUGCUGCAAACGAACCUCCGACUUUCGCAUGGGUUGCAAGAUAUUGGCGUCAUCUUGUCUAACGGUGAAUGAUGAUGAUUUAUCGAUACAUUACGGAAAGCAUUUCAUCUUCUUGACGGAGUAUUCUUUUUUACAAUUAGAAUCUGCUAGGAAGCGACUUCAUAUCGAAUGUGUUGGAAAAAUAGAAUCUUUCUGGAUAAAAUAUAGGAAUAAUCGGCGACAAAGUAUAAAAGAGACUGAAGAUGUUCAAACGAUUAAUAAUAAAAAUAAGUUGAUCGGGAAUUCUCAAUUGGAAUGUAAGCGUAUUAUAUCUAUAGGAAUAUGUGUCUAUGCAGAGACAUAUCGGCGACAAAACACAAAAAGGAAUACAAUUCGUGAUGAUCAAGCAAUUUUUAAUAUCGAUAUUCAAGAUGAGUCGACCAAAAAAAAUCAAUUGGAAAAUAAAUAUGACAUGCAAUUAAUAGAUUAUUCCAUUAUACAAGAAAAACCUCCAUUUAUACCGCCAAACAUAUCGUAUAAUAAAACUGCAUACAUAAUCCAUUGGUUAGAAGAUGUGAGUAAAGCGAUGAAUAUAAAAAAUAUUGGACCAACUAGGAAACAACUGUUAAUAGCACACAAUCAACUCGCUAUUCAAUUACAUGAUGCAAGAUCCACGCGUUCAAAUAGCAAUAGAUCUCAAAUGGAAAACAGACAUAAGAACAAUCUUGGAAAUUAUAACAAAAAAGAAGAUAUAUACAUUAUACGACAUGGCAUUUCUACAUUAUUCUACAAAAACGGGGUUUUGAGUCGACGUCGUCCAGCAAGGCUACCAGUUAAAGUACACACUCGUUUCACGUGUUUAACUAAUUCGCAUUGUUUGGUACAUACAGAACUACCACAGGGUCUACAGGAUUGUCUUUAAAACAAGAUUUGUACAAUAUAUGUAAGAUUUAGUAGGCCU